UGAAAGACGACUCUUUCUUCCAUUCAUUGCCGUCUUUUCAUGUUUGAUUCCCACCAUAUACCUCUCUCUCUCUCUCUCUCUCACUGAUUUUCUUCUCUUUGCAACAUCUAAUGAGUUUCCAGACAGUAGUAUCGGUUGAAAUGAAGAAGAAGCUGUUGUCGGUGCCUAUAACUCUUUUACUGCUGCUGUACCUGGCUACCACAUUAUUCGGUGUGGCUGCAGCUCAAGGCGGGGAGCAGCCAUUGUCGAAGAUUGCCAUCCACAGAGCCACUCUCGCUCUUCACGAUUCCGCCAGAAUUCGGGCCUCCCCUCUCCUACUCGGUCUCAAGGAGGAAGAUACUGAAUGGAUAAAUCUGGAGAUUGAAUCUCCCAAUCCAUCCGAAGAUGAUUGGGUGGGAGCGUUUUCUCCAGCAAAUUUCAACCUAUCUACAUGUACUCCAGAAAGCGGCAAUGACAUGACAGACGCCCCAUUUAUAUGCUCAGCACCAAUAAAGUUCCAGUAUGCAAAUCACUCCAGUCCACAAUACUCAAAGACAGGGAAAGGUCUCUUGAGGCUUCAAUUGAUCAAUCAGCGGGCAGAUUUUUCUUUUGCAUUAUUUUCAGGAGGACUUUUAAACCCAAAGCUAGUGGCAGUUUCAAAUACCAUCUCUUUUGCAAAUCCAAAGGCCCCUGUUUAUCCACGUCUUGCUCAAGGGAAGUCUUGGAAUGAAAUGACCGUAACCUGGACGAGUGGCUACAAUAUAAAUGAAGCAGUUCCUUUUGUUGAAUGGGGCAUGAAGGGAGAAACUCAAAUGCGCUCACCGGCGACAUUGACAUUUAAUCGUAACAGCAUGUGUGGUGCACCAGCAAGAACAUUUGGUUGGAGAGAUCCUGGUUUCAUACAUACAAGUUUCUUAAAAGAUUUGUGGCCAAAUUCAGUGUACACAUACAAGCUGGGCCAUCGGUUAUUCAAUGGUACAUAUGUUUGGAGCAAAACUUAUUCCUUUAAAGCAUCCCCAUAUCCUGGGCAAGAUUCAUUACAGAAAGUUAUCAUAUUUGGCGACUUGGGAAAGGCAGAACGUGACGGUUCUAAUGAAUACAACAAUUAUCAGCCGGGCUCUCUUAAUACCACUGACCAAAUUAUCAAGGACAUGGAUAACAUAGACAUUGUUUUCCAUAUAGGAGAUAUAACAUAUGCCAAUGGAUAUAUCUCUCAAUGGGAUCAGUUCACAGCACUGGUAGAGCCCAUUGCAUCAAAGGUCCCAUAUAUGAUCGCAAGUGGGAAUCAUGAGCGUGACUGGCCAGGGUCAGGAUCAUUCUAUGAAAAUAUGGAUUCUGGUGGGGAAUGUGGCGUGCUGGCUGAGACAAUGUUCUAUGUUCCAGCUGAGAACAGAACCAAGUUUUGGUAUUCUACAGACUAUGGUAUGUUCCAUUUCUGCAUAGCAGACAGUGAACAUGAUUGGAGAGAGGGUUCGGAACAGUACAGAUUCAUCGAGCAUUGCCUUUCAUCAGUGGAUAGGCAGAAACAACCAUGGUUGAUCUUUGCUGCUCAUCGUGUUCUUGGCUACAGUUCAGCGUACGGGUACAGCCUGAGUGGUGAAUUUGCAGAGCCAAUGGGAAGAGAGAGCCUACAAAAGCUUUGGCAGAAGUACAAGGUUGAUAUUGCACUUUAUGGUCAUGUUCACCAAUAUGAAAGGACAUGCCCAGUCUACCAGAACCAAUGCAUGAAUGCAGAGAAAUCUCACUACUCAGGAACUGUGAAUGGAAGCAUCCAUGUCGUUGUUGGCGGUGGAGGCAGUCAUUUAUCAACUUUCAGUGACAUCACGCCGAAGUGGAGCAUUUACAGGGACUCCGAUUAUGGGUUCGUGAAAUUAACUGCACUUAACCACUCGUCGCUCCUCUUUGAAUACAAGAAGAGCAGCGACGGUCAAGUCUAUGAUUCCUUCACCAUUUCAAGGGACCACAGGGAUGUAUUGGCUUGUGUACAUGAUGGUUGUGAACCUACUACAUGAGCCUCAUAGUGAAUGGUCCUGAUUGAUUAUUAAUAAACUCUAAAAUCUGAAAUAUUAUGAAUGUUAUAGUGUACCAUGAGCUGUUGAUCCA